AUGGGAUCGAAAAGCAAAGCAAAACCACGUCCGCGAAGUCGGAAAAGAUUAGUGUCCAGUUUCCGAAGAACAACUACACUGCCACCAACUACCUUGAAUAAUACAGAACCAAAUGACAAUAAUAGUGGUAAAAAUGAUGAUUAUAUCAAUACUAAUAGUAUAAUUGAUAAAGCUAAUUUGAUUAACUUAAUGGAAAAUACAAUUUGUAUAAAUUGCCAUAAGCAAUGGCUUGGAAGCAUUCAAUGUCGUAAACGAGAAGGCCUAUCUGAAUCAUUGGAAUUUAUUUGUUCUUAUUGUGAACAUGCAGUUAAAUUACCAACAUCAAAACAACAAACAAUGACGCAACGUCGUGAAAUCAAUAUUCGUGCUCAAUUGGGUGCUCAUUUAACCGGUAUUGGACGUAGUGGUUUGGAAAAAUUAUGUGUUGCAUUAAAUAUUCCACCACCGAUUGAUGAAGAUCAUUAUACAGCAACUGAUGCAUAUCUAUUGGAUAUAAUUCAAAUUCAUCAACAAAAUUCAAUGGAUCUUGCAGUCAAAGAAGCUGUACAAGAAGCUAGUAGUACCAAUUUAACUGUCAGUGGUGACGGAUCAUGGAUAACUCGUGGUCAUUCAAGUGCUCAUGGAAUUGCUGAUAUCUGUUCAACAACACAAAGACCAAAGGUUAUUGAUGUAGAAAGAUCAUCAAAGGAAUGUUCUCAAUGUAUAGGUGCACAAUCAAUUCGAAAAUCAAAUACAGAAAAAUAUGAAAUCUUCAUGAGAAGUCAUCAAUGUGAAGUUAAUUACGCUGGUUCUUCUGGUUCUAUGGAAAGAACUUUAAUCAAAGAUAUGUUUAAACGGUUUAUAUCAAAAUACAAUGUUCAAUAUCAUUACUAUAUAGGAGAUGGUAAUGCCAAAGUGCACAAAGCUUUGCUUGAUGAUCCACCAUAUGAAAAUGUUGAAGUUCAAAAGAUAGAAGAUGUGAAUCAUUACUCUAAAAGAUUAUCUAAUCGUAUCAAAAAGAUCAAAACCCAGAACAAGAACAAGAUAUUACAAGAUGGUUUGAAGAUUGGUGGUGCUGGUCGAUUAACAGAUCAACAUAUCCUAAAAUUCAAAAUGUACUUAGGAAAAGCUAUUCGAGAAAACUUAGGAAAUCUGACAAACAUGUAUCAUAGUGCACAGGCCAUUUUUUAUAAUUAUUAUUCAACAGAUCAAGAUCCACAACAUCAAUUCUGUGAUCCGAAAUGGUGCAAAUAUUUGCAGGAUAGCGACACAUAUGAUCAUGGUCAACAUUCGAUUCCUAGAGCUUGUAUGGACAUUGUCAAACCUGCAUUCGAUGAACUAUGCUCUAAAGAGGCUUUGAAAAAAGUUGUUAGAGGAGGGAGUCAGAACCCAAAUGAAACAUUUCAUGGAAUAUUAUGGCAUUUAGUACCGAAACAUCGUUAUGCUAGUGAUUUAAUGAUUGAUAUAGGUGUUGGUUUGGCCGUUAUUCUAUACAAUGAUGGCUAUAAAAAAUUACGUGAUUUAUUUCAACAGCUGUUCAAUUCAUGUGGUUAUUACACAAACCAUGGUAUUAUUGCUUUAGAUACUUCGAAAGAAGGCGAUAGACAAAAGUUUUUUGGUCGUAAAAGAACACAAAAAGUCAAUGAACAACAAACACACAAGAUUUUUCUAGAUAAUGAUGACAACAGCAGCAAUGGCGAAGAUGACGAAAGUGAUGGUUAUUUAUAUAGUAUUAGGUCGAGCGAUGAAGACGCAUACGAACCAGGUGGUGAUGAUUUAUAUUGA